UUAUCUAUGGACAACACAUAACUUCUCUCUCUCUCUUCUCUCUUCUCUCUUCUCUCUCUACUUAUCAUCCACUUCCGUACCUGUCGCUUAUAAUUAAUCGCAUUUAAUAAACGCGUCUCAAGUCCGUCAUUGCGUCGGUGAUGUCACCAUAGUCUUCUUCUUGACGACUCUGCGCAAGUCUUUUCACAGCGACGAAGAAUACAAAAGCCUCCAUCUUUGUCGCCUUAAAGCUUGUUCCUUUACUGCGUUUAUCAAGAACUCCGGCGAAAAAGCUUCUAUCUUUACAGCGUUUACAGAUAAUUCCGGCGAAAAGCUUGUACCUUUCACCGGAGAAUGCAGAUUCCGGCGAACAGGGGUUGAAGAAAUGAAUAAGCAACGAAGAAGAAACGUUCAAGGUCAUGGCGUUGGAAGACAGAUUCCAGGUUGUUUGGGUCGGGUGGUUAAUCUGUUCGAUUUUGGAACAGUUGGUAAUGGAAAGAAGUUGCUUACUGAGAAACCACAUUUUGUUAAUGGGUCUAUCAGGAGGAAUCAGUUAGAUCAAAUAAAAGAUAAAGUUGUGAGUUUGUUGAACUUGAUGUGAGGAACGGUGGAGUCAGUGGAACACCGAUGAAGAUGCUUCUAGAACAGGAAAUGUCGAAAGAAGUGGAUAUUAAACUCAGUUCGACAAAUUUGGUUGCUAAGUUGAUGGGUCUUGAUUCAUUUCCUCAGACACAACCUGCUCCAAGGAGUAAUAGUUCAAAGCCUCGUCUAAAGAGGUCGUUAAGUCACGGGGAAUAUAAAGAUGUCUAUGAGAUUUGGCAGAAACCUAGUAAUGGUGUGGAGGGUUUAAGCAAGAAGCAUAUGGACAUUGUCCGUGAGAAGUUCUUGGAGGCGAAACGUUUGGUUACAGAUGAUAAACUUCGACAUUCCAAGGAGUUUCAAGAAGCUAUGGAAGUUUUGAGUUCGAACAAGGAGUUGUUCCUCGAGUUUUUGCAAGAAUCAAAUAACUUAUUCUCCCAUCAUCUCCACAAUUUCGAGUCCAUUGCGCCACCAACCCCAGAGAAGUCAAAGAGGAUCACUAUUUUGAAACCUUCAAAGAUCAUUGUUGAUGAAAAGUUAGGAAAUGAAGCAGCCAUUGAAUCUGCGAGAGACGGAAUGAAGAGUGAUUUAUUCAAAUGGCCGGCUGAAGAAGAAUAUCCGACAAGGCAGUCAACUCGAAUAGUUGUUCUCAAACCUAAUGGUCAUGUCACAAAGGCUUCAUCAUGUCCAACAUCUCCAAGAGGUUUUGAGGAGAGAGAGUCAAGAGAUGUGGCUAGGAGAGUGAAGAGACAGAUUCUAAAGGAUGAAACUUUACAUUCUUCUGCCUUCUCUAAUGGUUAUAUAGGCGAUGAUAGUUCUCUUAACGACUAUGCAGAUUCUGAAAUCAUGUCACCGGUCUCUAGACAUUCAUGGGAUUAUAUCAACAAGUAUGAUAGCCCUUAUUCUUCCUCUCCCUUUAGCAGAGCCUCUGAUUCCCCUGAGUCAUCAUCCGUCUGCAGAGAAGCCAAGAAACGCCUUUCUGAAAGAUGGGCAUUGAUGGCAGCAUCUAAUGAGAAUAUGCAGGAGUCCAAAGUUAUGGAAAAGAAAGUCUCUAAUAGUACGUUAGGUGAUAUGCUUGCAAUUCCAGAUUUGAGAGAUGAUCUUAGAAUAGAAGAAGAAACAAGUGAAGGUAAUGAACAGGAAAGUCUUAGAGUGUAUGAUGCAUCUUGCUUAGCUGGUAAUCUCAGUAAAGAAGAAGGAAACUUAAAGCCUCUUAGAACCCUUUCGCGGUCGAAAUCUCUCCCUGAAUCAUCAACAAGUCUUGGACAUAAGUCUCUUGAUACCAACAAGGAGAAAUCCAAAGCUCCAGAGGAGCUGACAAAGUCAAAGAGUUUGAAAUGGUCUCUGAAAGGUAAAGUCUCAAACUUUCUUUUCUCAAGGAACAAGAAGUCCAGUAAGGAGAGAUCUUUUGAGGAAUCCCAAGUGGUGAAUUCCGAAAUCUUAGAUUCUCGGUGUAACGAUGAAUGUGAUGCAUCAGUGUCUGCCAGAAGCAUGAAUUCUCGUGAGGGAGACUUCUCAGUUGCAAAGGCAACCACUUUUGGAAACUCUAGUGAGUGGCGUAAUGAACCGAGUCCAGUUUCAGUCUUGGAAACUUCUUUCGAUGAAGAUGAUGGAAUCUUUUUUAAUUCAUCUGUAUUAGAUAGAUCAUCUUCUUCUCUUGGACGGGAGAUGAGUUCCAACUUAUUAGGAAAAUCGCCUCCGAUAGGUUCCAUUGGUCGAACCUUUUCAUUCGAUGAUUCAACAGUAGCUCGGUGUUUCUCAUCUAAACGCUCUACUACUUCGACAAGAGACGAGGAAGAAGACUUGCGUCUCCUCAUCAACACACUAUUAUCAGAAGCUGAUCUUGAUGCAGUUUCAGACAAUCUUUUGUCUAAAUGGCAUUCUGCAGAGAGUCCACUAGACCCAUCUCUGAGAACCAGCUACGCAGAGUUAACAGAACAGCAAAGACUCGGAUCAAACGUGAAGAAUCUAGUGUUCGACCUUGUCAACACACUGCUUUUGGAGCUAACACCGAGCUAUCUCGUACCUCGUAGUCCCUUAAUUCUCUCGGGUAAGCCAUUGCGGGUUUAUGUGAUAAACCGAAUGCAAGAAUGUUUAACGGGUAACGGAAGAGUGGAAGAUCGUUGGUGGGAUGAAGACGGAGACUUGAGCAGUUUGGCUGUGAAUAAAGUUGUGAGGGUUGAAGUAGCCGAGAUUGGUUCGCCGGAGUGUUUGAGAUUGGAAAUGGAUUCAAUGGGAGAGGAACUAGAGUUGAAGUUACUGGAGGAGUUAGUGGAAGAGGCUUUGAUGGAUUUGUCUGAACAACCCAAAUAAUUCAUUCCAAGUAUUUGUUAAUCAUAUGAAUGUAAAUUAUAUGGUUUUUUUGUGUGUAUAAUAUAAGGUCAAUUCCACAUUCUAUUUUAAUUUUUUUUUUUUGGGUGAAUGAUAUUGUAACGUAGUGUUUACAUAGAUAUCAUCUCUCUAUUA